UGACCUUCAAAUUAGAACGCCAGCCAUCCAACAUGUUAAGUAAAACAGAUUCCUCCUUAGACACAAAAAAAUAAUGCAAAUUUCUGUUUUUUCUCGCUCUUAAACCCAUCUCCUUUCUUACAACAUGCACCCCACGUUCUAUUAAACCCUUGACUCAAAAAUAAGGAAAAAUUCCAUGAGACAAUCACCUCCACACUUUCUGUCAAAUUCUUCACACACAAUCUCCUAAAAAAAUAUUGGGUUUUCAUUGCAAACUCUAGCUUCUCCUCUGAAUUUUCCUCUUCUCUCUCAGGAAACGACCCAGAAAAUUAAAAAAAGAAAAAGUUAUUCUUUCUUCCUUCCUCCCUUCCUUCUCCUACUAUCUUCCAAACAGGUCUCCGAAACCACAUGUUCUGUUCUUCCUAAUUCAGCGUCGUCGUCCCUUGAAGUGUCUUCCUUGGUGAAGAUUUUAAGAAAAUGGGUCGUUCAGAAGAGCAGGAAACUUACAGGUCCAAGCUCUUCAAUUUCAAAGGUAUGUUUGACCUCCCUGGGAGGCAUGCAAAGAGUCUAAGUGUUGAGAGUGCUAGCAUUUUGGAGACUACAGACGAAGCAUCAUCUAGAAGUCAAGGAUCAAAAUCUUCAAAUGAUAGUUCAGAUAACCAAAUUAGGAAUGCAUUAGAUAGGGUUCACAGAUCACAAAAAGCCAGAGAUGAACAAGCAAUCAAAGAAGUCAGAGAAAAGCUUCUUCAAGAAAUGGAACAGAUGAAGGAGAGAUUUGCAAAACUACUAUUAGGUGAGGAUAUGUCUGGUGGAGGAAAGGGUGUUUCUUCUGCUUUGGCCUUGUCAAACGCAUUCACAAACCUUGCAGCUUCCAUUUUCGGUGAACAAAAACGCCUAGAGCCAAUGCCAGCAGAAAGAAAAGCAAAAUGGAGAAAGGAAAUCGAUUGGCUUCUAUCAGUUACUGAUUACAUUGUUGAGAUGGUUCCUUCACAACAAAAAUCCAAGGAUGGUUCAAACAUGGAGAUCAUGACAACACGACAGCGGACAGAUCUCCACAUGAAUAUCCCUGCCUUGCGCAAGCUAGAUGCAAUGCUUAUUGAUUGCCUAGACAACUUCAAAGAACAACAGGAGUUCUAUUAUGUAUCAAGAGAUGCUGACAAUGGGGAUAGGUCAAAAAAUGAUGAUAAGUGGUGGUUACCUUCAGUUAAGGUUCCACCAGAGGGUUUAUCUGACGGUGCAAGAAAAUUUCUGCAGUAUCAGAAAGAUUGUGUGAAUCAAGUACUCAAAGCCGCAAUGGCCAUAAAUGCUCAAGUUCUAUCAGAAAUGGAGAUUCCUGAAAGUUAUAUCGAAUCCCUACCAAAGAAUGGGAGAGCAAGUCUAGGGGACUCAAUCUACCGGAGCAUCACUGAUGAAUUUUUUGAUCCUGACCAAUUCCUAAUGGGAAUUGACUUAUCAUCAGAACACAAGAUUCUAGAUCUCAAGAACAGAAUGGAGGCAUCUAUAGUGAUUUGGAAGAGGAAGAUGAUCCAGAAAGAUAGCAAAUCAUCUUGGAGUUCAGCUGUGAGUCUAGAAAAAAGAGAACUUUUUGAAGAGAGAGCAGAAACUAUCUUACUUCUCCUAAAGCAUCGUUUCCCCGGGAUCCCUCAGUCUGCAUUAGACAUAAGUAAAAUCCAAUACAAUGGGGAUGUAGGGCAAGCUGUUCUAGAAAGCUAUUCAAGAAUUCUGGAAAGUUUGGCAUUUACAGUACUAUCAAGAAUAGAAGAUGUACUCCAUGCAGAUCAGCAAACUCAAGUUCCAUCACAAUCAGGAAGAAGAAGCGUUAGCAGAAAUUCACCGCUAGUUGCAAAAUCAGAUAAGUUUGGAACUCCUAAAGAAGAGACAGAAAAGAGUGGUACAGAAACACCUGGUUCAAUGACACUAUUAGAUUUUAUGGGAUGGGAAGCUGAUCAAGGUGACUCCGAGAUGAAGAAGGAGUCACAGGUUUCUGAAGACUUCAUCAAGGACCUUGAUGCAAAGAAUCAAAAGCUUCCCAACAUAGCCACCAAGAAAGUGUCCUACCUUGAGAAUUUGGGAGGUGUGAGAAGUCCAACGUCUCGCCACUAACGAUUAGGGGAAGAGAGAGAACGAAAAUUUGGAAAUUUAUAAUAGACGAACAGUUGCCUGAGAGAGGAGAAGAAGAUGACAGGGAAAAACAAGUAUGGGAUGUGACGAAGACUUGAUUAUUCCUUGUUAAUUUUUUUGUACAUAGGAUUGAACAAGCAAAGUCGUCGGGUCUGAGGCAUUGUCAGCUAUGAUAUCCUCUUACAUAAGAAGGAUUUGUAGUCUGGUAGCUACGAAAUUGUGAUUUCUGAUGAUUUCACAAAGUCCUUCUUUUUUUUUUUUUUUUAAAUCCCUUUCUGUCCUGUAUUAUGUUAGAAUACUUCAGCUAAAGACAUUAUAUAGGCCAAGCUGUCUAACACACAACUUUGACAAAACUAGAUAUACAAGGGGUUUGAAAAGAAAAGGUUGCAUUGUUCAUUCAUUAAUUGUGAAUAAUGUAGAUUUUAUAUUUU